UUCGCUUCACUCCCUCACCCACCACCAUUAUCAGCCGAACGACUCGCAAAAGCAUCACACAGAGCGCCAGUUAGGGUAAAAGUUGCAGUGAAGGAUUAGCAUUGACGCAGGAAUCCCGCAGUGUCUCUAGUAUCGGCAGAGAAAGUCGCCUGACGUGAUUGGUGAUUAGAGCGUCCUUUCUAGUUAGCACAGCAAAACUUUCCGCGGUUCCUUUGGAGUCGGCAGCGAAGUAAAGAAGCAGGGGUUCCUUCUGAUCGUCAGCGCCUCUCGGUCGGUCCGCCAUGGACGCUCGUCGCGUGUGCGCGAACGUGGCGGCCUUGGCGCUCGUGCUGCUCGUCGCCACGCCCGAACUGCUCUCCGACUCGGGCUUUCAGACCACCAGCACCGUCCCCUACCGCCGCGAGCUCAGGAAACCGCACGGGCCGCUACAGUACAACGCGCGCGAGACGAUUCAGCUGCUGCAGGAAGCCGCGUCCCUCGUCACCCGCGCCGCGCACUUACUGCGCGCCGAUGCGUCCCUCCUCGCACCCUCCUUCUGGCUGCGCCCCGUCACCGCCGCCACAGUCAGCCCGCCAGUGGGGGACGCGCGAGCGGGAGAGGUGCGCGGGGGGCGCAAGUACUACGUGAACCUAGUGCAGACGGCGCGCGCGCUGCAGAACGCGGUGGUGCUGCUGCGGCAGAAGCAGCGGCGGCUGGUGAUGGGGCAGAUCAACAACGCCAUGGCCGCCAUCGACGGCGUCAAGGUCGUGCUCGUGCCCGCCGACGACCGCCGCGUGCUGGAGCAUCUCAACGUCGCACGGCGAUUCGCAGACCACGCGAAGCUGUCGUUCAUGGGGCAGGAGCAGCGCGAUUGAGUCGCAGGAUGGUCGCACGAGUGGGGUCGCGCACAGUACGGCAAGGAAGAGUAGCAUGGACAGGGACACGCUAGAGACAGGGACAAGCUAGAGGGCGGGACACGCUUUGUGUCUAAGGAGACGUUUGUCCAGCAACCAUUCUAGCAUUCUAGAUUUGUUGCAACUGUUCCAUGGCUUGGCAACCGGGAUAGCUGGUUCACCUAACACUGACUCCAUUUAUUACAACAAAGC